GGUCGCUCUCCCACGGAUGUGCAGCAGCCGCGCGAUGACCGGCGUGCAACAGUAGCGCUCACCUUCCUGCGGUCUGUCACAGCCCUCCAGCGGGACACAUCUCCUAGCUGCUCUCCCAAACCCCCCGCCGUUCCGACAGUGCUCCGGCGGAAUCUGUCGACAUGCCCAACAUCGUCCUGUUCAGCGGGAGCUCGCACCGCGACCUGUCCCAGAAAGUGGCCGACCGUCUGGGACUGGAGCUGGGCAAAGUCAUCACCAAGAAGUUCAGCAACCAGGAGACAUGUGUGGAGAUAGGGGAGAGCGUGCGCGGCGAGGAUGUCUACAUCGUCCAGAGUGGGUGCGGCGAAAUCAACGACAACCUGAUGGAGCUGCUGAUUAUGAUUAAUGCCUGCAAGAUUGCCUCCUCGUCCCGUGUCACUGCUGUGAUCCCCUGCUUCCCCUAUGCCAGGCAGGACAAGAAAGACAAGAGUCGCGCUCCCAUCUCAGCCAAGCUAGUGGCUAACAUGUUGUCUGUGGCCGGAGCGGACCACAUCAUCACCAUGGACCUCCAUGCCUCGCAGAUCCAGGGAUUUUUUGACAUUGCCGUGGACAACCUGUACGCGGAGCCGGCCGUGCUGCAGUGGAUCAGAGAGAACAUAGCCGAGUGGAAAAACUCCAUCAUUGUGUCACCUGACGCAGGAGGAGCCAAGCGCGUGACCUCCAUCGCCGACCGGCUCAACGUAGAGUUCGCCCUCAUCCACAAGGAGAGGAAAAAGGCCAACGAGGUGGACCGCAUGGUCCUGGUCGGUGACGUGAAGGAUCGCGUGGCCAUUCUGGUGGACGACAUGGCCGACACAUGCGGCACCAUCUGCCAUGCUGCUGACAAGCUGAUCGAUGCUGGAGCCACCAAAGUCUAUGCCAUCCUGACACACGGCAUCUUCUCUGGUCCGGCCAUCUCUCGCAUCAACAACGCCCCCUUCGAAGCUGUGGUGGUCACCAACACCAUCCCACAGGAGGAGAAGAUCAAGGCAUGCCCAAAAAUCCAGCUCAUCGACAUCUCCAUGAUCCUGGCCGAGGCCAUCCGCAGGACUCACAACGGCGAGUCUGUGUCCUACCUCUUCAGCCACGUCCCCUUAUAAAGAUGGAGACCACACUCUGCUUGCAGUUGCCUCUUACGGCUGCGCUCCUCCAGAAAGCUGUUGAGGCUGGAGACCUGACGUUUUCACCCUGGAGAAGGAGGGACACCUUGUCCUCUCUGAAGCUUCUAUUUAUACGAAUCUCUCUGUUGUUUCAUUGCGUGUCCGUUCCUUGGGACCCCUCCACCCUCACCCGCAGGGUCCCACUUGUCUUCAGAUGUUACUUGCAGGCAUUUCACCAUGUCAUCCCGUUGAUAACGUCACCUCCUGCUAUACAAGUCUGCACAUUCUCCUCCAUCCCAGUCUUUAUUUCGCGAGCUGCUGAACGUAUAAGAGCCGUCUUUGCUUGCUAAUCAUUGUUCUGUUUGUUUUCUUCUUUCCUGAGGACCAAGAAUCUAAAAAAUGCACCUGAACUUUCCUCUUUUCUAAAAGCUCCCAGACAGUGUCUUAAAAAGAAAAACAAAUUUCAGUUUGUAGAGUGUCCGACGCCUGGCAUCAUGACUCCGAUGUCGUACUUAAAAGGUCAUUAUUGAGCCCAGAGUCUGGUUCUAGUAUUAAGGUUUGCACCACGGUGAAGUGUGUGUAUGAGGAGGGGUUGUCAGAGUGGGGUGGGUCACUCGUAUGAAUGAGACAGGUUUCACUUCGGCCUGUUGAAGGGUUUUAAGACCCUUGUUUUUUUUUUAUUAUAUGUAACUGAACUUUGACAUUAAAGCUUUGAC